AUGACCUUCAACAUCCACGAGGAGAAUAAGCAAGAGAGGCCACUCAUUCCUGGUUCAUGGGAUGUGGACGUAGCUGUGGAAGACGACAAUGGCAAAGUGACAAAUCCAACAUCCCUCUCCUUUCUAUCUCCUUCUUCUCCCUUCGACUGCAUCAUUUUUGAUUUGGAUAACACUCUAUAUCCCACCGUUACUGGAAUUGGUGAAGCUCUCAAGAAACAUAUUGAAGUUUUCCUGGUGGAAAAAUGUGGAUUCCCUCGGAGCAAAGCUUCGGGCCUUCACACUAACUUUUCAGAACAUACGGAAGCACCCUCACUAGUUUACGAGCACUGGGCUAUGACAUCACUGUCGAAGAUUACCACAGGUUGGGAAGAGAAUGAAAAGCAAAGAAGCAGAUUAUGCAGUGGAGUGUGUGAACUAACCGGCACGGGUGCUUCCAAAAAUAUGGGGAUGCCAAUCUGACGGUCAAGAUCAAAGGACAGCCGCAACUGCUAAGGGCGAAUUCAAUUCUAUCAUCACUGCAACAACCGCAGCUGUUGGAGCUUGAAACGACAAAACAGCUUGGGUGUGAUGUUCACGGGAAUAAAAAUGUGUAUAAUUAUAUAACAAUAUUGUGCGUAUGCUCUAAUGUUCACAAUAAAAAUGUAAAUAGAAUGAACAAAAAAAGUUGUAAUAAUUCAGGUGUGUUUGCAUAUGGUUUUCAUCGUGCGAAUGUAUCUGUGAAUAAC